AUGGCCAUGCCUGCUGCAUACAAACCCUCCCCACUCGGGUACGGGUCUCCACGUAGCUCCCCCUUCCGCCGCCCCGAAUCUCCUGCUUCGCCCUCCGCCAGCUCCCCGCUUCCGCUUCGACAAACAACCCCAUCCGGGUCACCCACAAAAGCAGCACCCUUCCGCGCCAGCACCUCCAGGUUCGCCGCCGACCCUGUAACGCCGACAAAAUCCUCGGCAGACGACCUGACGCCCAAGGGGACACCACGCGCCCAAGAGACGCCCGCCGACAUCAUGCUGGCCUCCCCGCGGGCAGUGACUCGGGCAUCGCCAUCGCCAUCGCCCACCAAGCCACCCACCUACGGCAACGCCCUGGGGCAGCUGCAACAAACCCAGGUCAGGACGUUGCGGGAGGGCUUCGAAAUCCUCGACCGGGACAGCGACGGCGUCGUCAAUAGAGAGGAUGUGGCGGACAUGCUGAACCAACUUGGUCUACCCGCGGAUGCAUCCGACGUAUCCAAAUUCUUCCCGCCCUCGGCCCCUCAGACCAUCACCAUGGCCGCCUUCCUCAACUCCGUCGCGUCCAUGUUAGCGGCGCUGUCGGCCCAGUCGGAGCUGAUCUCCGCCUUCUCGGCCUUCGAUGACGACGACAGCGGGCAGAUUGACCUGGCCGAGCUUCGGGACGCGCUGCUGCACACGGCGCCGGAAUCCGGUGAGCGGCCUUUGACGGCGGCCGAGGUCGACAAGGUCAUAGAGGGCUUCACGGGCCGGAGGGCUUUCAGCCGCAACAUGCAGCAGGGUGGGCUGGGAAAGCGUGGCGAAGUGUUCCGGUACCAGGACUUUGUCAACUCCAUCAUGGGCGCAAAUGGCAACUCGGAGUCUUCCUCGGCUGAGGGAUCCGAAGACUGA